GCUCUUCAUUAGCUGCCCUGAUAUGGUCCUUCAGAGGGCUUGGAAAGGGAUCUUGUGAAUUCAUUUCGGAAGCAGCUACCUCUCUGUUCUUCAGCACCUGCAUUGAAAUGGAUACUAGAGUUGAUUGGAAAUCUUGACAGAAAAGUGAUAGAUAAUUAAGGGGAAAGGAAACCAUGCUUUGAAUGCUUCAGUGGGCCAUUUUAGUCUCAGCCCUUUGAUACGUUGGGAGAAGCCAUUUCCAACCCAGAUUUCGGGAAUACAAUCCUUGGUUUCCAUGGAUCUUUAGGCUGAUGGGAUUGAGUUUCAAGUAGGAUUUGGCGAUGACUGGGAAGAAGGGGGGAUCUGUGUGCAUGGAGCAACUCUCCUUCUGUUUGUUCAUGAGUGUCUGCUGUGGCUGGUGGUAUCAGCCGGUCAGCACAGCCAAACCCAAAGGCCAAGGGCACCCCCAUAUGAACUCCAUUCGCCUUGAUGGGGAUAUCACUUUAGGAGGCCUCUUCCCUGUUCACGGACGCGGCUCUGAGGGAAAGGCCUGUGGAGAACUAAAGAAGGAGAAAGGGAUUCAUCGUCUCGAGGCCAUGCUUUUUGCUCUGGAUCGAAUCAACAAUGAUCCUGAACUACUUCCAAACAUCACUUUGGGGGCCCGCAUCCUGGAUACCUGUUCUCGAGACACUCAUGCUUUGGAGCAAUCCCUCACUUUUGUUCAGGCCCUAAUCGAGAAGGACAGUACUGAGGUGCGUUGUGUUAAUGGGGGCCCCCCUAUCAUCACAAAACCGGAACGCGUGGUUGGAGUAAUUGGUGCAUCUGGCAGCUCUGUCUCUAUUAUGGUGGCCAACAUCUUGCGCCUUUUUAAGAUUCCUCAGAUAAGCUAUGCUUCUACAGCCCCUGACCUGAGUGACAACAGUAGAUAUGACUUCUUUUCCCGCGUCGUCCCCUCUGAUACUUACCAAGCCCAGGCUAUGGUAGACAUUGUUAAAGCAUUCAAGUGGAAUUAUGUUUCAACUUUAGCUUCUGAAGGGAGCUAUGGUGAAAGUGGAGUAGAAGCCUUCAUUCAGAAAUCCAGGGAGAAUGGGAGCGUGUGUGUGGCACAAUCAGUCAAGAUUCCCCGGGAACCUAAAGAGGGAGAAUUUGAUAAGAUCAUUCGGCGCCUUCUGGAAACAUCCCAUGCUCGAGCUGUCAUCAUAUUUGCCAAUGAAGAUGAUAUCAAGAAUGUGUUGAUGGCAGCAAAGCGAGCCAAUCAGAGUGGGCACUUCAUCUGGAUGGGUUCUGACAGCUGGGGUUCCAAAAUUGCCCCUGUGAGAGAUGUGGAAGAGGUUGCAGAAGGAUCUGUCACCAUCUUGCCCAAGAGGGCAUCUGUUAGAGGUUUUGAUCGCUAUUUCUCUAGUAGGACACUGGACAAUAAUCGCCGGAACAUUUGGUUUGCUGAAUUUUGGGAGGAUAACUUUCACUGCAAGCUAAGUCGCCAUGCUCUCAAGAAAGGAAGUGCUAUCAAAAAGUGUACAAAAACAUCCAGCCAUUCUGCUUUAGCCAUUGACUCUGAAAUGCCAAAGAAGACUUUGAAAGAGAAUUACCCUCAUUUUUACAGACAUGUAUCUGAUAGUGAUGCUGAGCAAACUUGA